CUGGGGCUGCUGAGCAUCUUUCUUUGGUAGUCAGAAGAUGCACCCAGCCUUCUGAAACCAGAGCAGCGAUGAUUCCCGAACAGACAAACCAUGUCGUGUCCACCAUCGAGAACAUGCCGGCUGAGAACAUCUCUACAAGCACUGGUCUUCUGCCAAGGCUGAAGAAAGUCUUUAACAGGGAGAUGUUGUUGUCCAUAGCACUGGGACAGGUGUUAUCUCUUCUAAUAUGCGGCAUCAGACUCACCAGUAAAUACUUGUCAGAAGAUUUCCAUGCCAACACACCCCUAUUCCAGAGUUUUCUUAAUUAUAUACUUCUAUUCUUGGUGUACACAACUACAUUAGCUGUAAGGCAAGGGGAGGAAAAUUUGUUGGCGAUUUUGAAAAGGAGAUGGUGGAAGUACAUGUUCCUAGGGAUCAUAGACAUAGAAGCAGCAUACUUAGUGGUCAAGUCACAUCAGUAUACCACCUUUAUUAGCAUACAGUUAUUAAAUUGCUUUGUGUUUCCUGUGGUCAUAUUACUGUCCUGGUUUUUCUUGCUGGUACGAUAUAAAGUACUUCACUUUAUUGGAGCUGUGGCCUGUAUCCUAGGCAUCGGCUGCAUGGCAGGGGCUGAUGUGCUUAUGGGGAGACAACAAAAAGAAAGCUUCUACCCAGGAGACAGUAAGCUGAUUGGGGACAUCUUAGUCCUUGGAGGUGCCACUCUUUAUGGUAUUUCCAGUGUGUGCCAGGAGUACAUUGUGAGAAAUCUCAGCCGAAUAGAGUUACUUGGGAUGAUUGGACUUUUUGGAUCAUUUUUUAGUGGGAUUCAGCUGGCCAUAAUGGAACACAAGGAAUUGUUAAAAGUGCCUUGGGACUGGCAAAUAGGGCUCCUGUACGUGGGCUACACCGCCUGCAUGUUUGGCCUCUACAGCUUCAUGCCUGUCGUGAUUAAGAAAACAAGUGCCACGGCAAUCAACCUCUCGACACUUACAGCGGAGCUCUAUACCUUUUUCUGUGGACUGUUCUUAUUCCAUUACAAGUUUUCAGGACUUUACCUUCUGUCCUUCUUUACCAUCCUAAUUGGACUGGUCCUAUACUUCUCCACUACCACCUAUGUUGCACAGGACCCUCGAGUGUACAAGCAGUUCCGUAACCCAUCUGGACCCAUAGUAGAACUGCCUGCAAGUGGACAGCUGGAGCCCUCAGUGACCUACACCAGCUUAGGCCAGGAAACAGAAGAGGAGCCACAUGUUAGAGUUGCAUAAAGUCAACCAACUGUCACCCACUGAGGAUUCAGUGGCAUCUGUUCGUCCAUUAUCUCUGUAUUGUGCAUAGAGAAAAAGGUAUAUACCAGGUACAGUUACACGAAGCAACAACAUGGAAAGGUUUGAAUAGGAGAGAAGACAUAUCAACCACCAAACAGGCUCUGCAACACCUGGAGUCACAGAUCUGACAGCACUGAUUAUUCAUGAGAAACGUGAGGGUAAUAACUGAGAGCUUAGAGAAAA